UCCCAGGUGGUGAGUGACCCCCUGCAUCAGAACGGGGCCCUGGACGGGCUGGUGCUGGGAGGGGUUCGGGUGUUCGGGGUGCCCUCCCCACCCCACCCCGCUAUGUAUGGGCCAACGGAAAGAAAGUGAGGGAUUUCUCUUAUCGGACUGACACCAAGGUUCUGACAGUGUCCAGCCUGGCCCUGCCCAUGUCAGAGGUGUUUGAAGUCCAGUGGACCUCAUGACCCAGUGAGCCUUAUGAACCGUGUGACUCAGUGAACCUCAUAAUGACUCAAUGGACUCUGUGACCCAGUAGACAGCCUCUCAGGUUCUUCUGGCACUCCUGACCUAGCAAAUCUCUGACAAGAACCUCCACCCAAAGUUGCCACUUCAUCACUGCUACCCUGCGUAAGCAAUUGCGCUAAUAGACUUCUGGGUUUUAUGAAUGGACGGACUACACUGAAGUAUUUUUGGAAAUCAUAGUUUUUAUUGCUUUUAUAUUCAACUGUAUUUUUAAUAAAAUCUGUGAAUAGUACCAGAGUGAACUGUGUGGGUUAUUGGCGAUGAUAAAUUUUUCAAAAGCUCAAUCAGAUAUUUCUCAAUUUCCUUGUUGUUGCAGAUGAGUGAUUACAUGACAUUGUCUCAGGUGAGAUGCUGAGACAGUCGUGAGAGAUUGAGAAUUGGGGUCAUUCUAGAACACUGGGCCGAAAUGUAUUAUUGUUUUACUAUUUUAAUUUGUCUCUGAGAAAAGUUUUAUUGUAAAUCUUUCUAACCUUUAUUAUUUUAUUUGUUAAGCACUUUUGAAAUGCAUCCCCUGUAAGAAAUGUUCUCUAUAAAUAGCGUUUGAUUGAUUGUCCUGAUGAUAACAGUUAGCAGUGGCUCUACACAAAUGUUUUUAUUAAUUAACAUCUCAAAUUGAUCAGAAUAUGCCGAUUCUGUACUCUUCCAGUAUGAUGGUAGGAUCUGUGUUAAGUCUUAUCAAAUUACUUCUAGUGAUAUUGCCAUAUUGUUACCAUUAAAGGCAAUAGAUAGCUCUGGGUUUGUUUCUCCUAAGCUAAGCAUUGUUUCUCAUGUUCUCUUAUUAGUGAGCUGUCACCACUGUUUGAAUGUGCAGUCAAUUAUCUCUUUCUUCAUAUACUUCAUAGUCUUCCCAUCUGGUGAACAUCUGCCUUAUAACUCAGUGCAGUUAAGCUCAAUACAAGUGUACAAUUGCAUAUUGUAAACAAUUAUGAAUUGCACAAAAUAUCAUACCUGUAGUAGGGUUAUGCUAGCUUAUGUUAUCAAUUAUUGUUUAAAAUAUUGGUCUCGAAAUACCUUGUCUUGAAAUAGUCAUUUUGAGAUGUGCUAUUUAUUGUUUAAAUGAUUGCUCAUUAUCCUUGCUGCUAGUGGUUUAACCUGCCAUAAAUAAGAGUUCCAGCGGGACAUAUCAUAUCCGCGUCAUGAUGCUCCGACUCCAGCUCCACUGGUCCUGAUGAUGCUCAUGUGAGUUCGGGAUCAGCCAACUGCAGUGAAGCUUUCGGCAUUGACCUCUAAAACGUCAUACUAUGAUAAAAGGUUAGCCUUACAUAGAUGUCUCAUUUUGAUGUGUUGAUGAGGAUAAUUUGCUUUUGCUAAUAAAACAAAAAUACUUCCAAAUGUAAUGUGAUCCUAAUAGUUGACUGGCCCGUGCUUUCACAGAAGCAGCCUUUAUCCAGUCUGCCAUCCCGGAAGCAGAGGAAUUUGGGGGUUGGGUUAGAGAAAGAUAGCAGCUCGGCGUGCGGUAGAGAAAGACCGCACGGAUACAAACACGCACUCCGCGUAACAAAAUACCGAAGACGUGACCUCAAACUACUCGGAUACAACCACCAUAAACACCGCUUCGCUUCGGAAUGGAUAAGCGGCAAAGACAGUAGUCUCGGGUGGGACAGAGGAGGAUGGGCGCAGUGUCCUGGUGUCAGUGUAGAUGUCUCUCGGUCGGCUCCUGCGACGCGCCUCCUCCAAGGCCUCAGACCUCCUGACCUUUAACCCAGGGUCGGCGGGGUCGCGGAACGGCUUGGACGGAGAGAUCAUCUUCUCCAAGAACAAUGUGUGUGUGCACCCUGCCGAGCCCCUGCCGGGCCUGCCCGAACACCACCCAGGGUACCUGUGUGUGCACAUGGAGAAGGAUGAGAGCCUGGGCACCACUCUGAUCCUGACCUGGGUUCCCAACUCUCGCAUCCAGAGACAGGACGAGGAGGCCCUGCGCUACAUUACCCCCGAGAGCUCACCUGUCCGCAGAAACGCUCGGCGCUGGCCCCGCAGGCCCCACUCCCGACACCCUCCUGCCCAGGAGGAAGAUGAGGACCGGGAGGAGGAGGAGGGGAUCGGGAACGGAACUGGGAAUGGGGGGAGCCUGGGUCUGGAGGCCAGCGUAGAGCCCCCUCCUCCCCAGCAGCAGCAGCCCCAGCCUGGGGGGGAUGAGGGGGAUGAGGGGUCCUGUGAGCUGUCGGCUGACGAGGUGAGCAGGGACAGCACCAUGGGCUCCGACUCGGACACCUUCUCCUCACCCUUCUGCCUGUCGCCCGUCAGCGAGGCCCUCUUUGAGAGCAGCGGCUCUGUGUUCCUGGACAACGAGAGCAGGGAGCUGUGCGACGAGUCCAUGACCCAUUCGGCUAGCUCCGCCUCCAGCCUGGACAGCCACGCCCCCUAUGAGAACAACAGCCAAUCGCAGGGCAUGCGGUGGGAGGAGCAGCAGAAGGUGCUGGCGUUGGAGCAGCUGGGGGGAGUGUUCCGGGUUGACCUGGGGCAUAUGAGGUCGCUCCGCCUCUUCUUCAGUGAUGAGGCGUGUAACAGUGGUCAGCUGGUGAUCGCCAGCAGGGAGAGCCAGUAUAAGGUCCUCCACUUCCACCACACAGGUCUGGACAAGCUGGCUGAGGUCUUCCAACAGUGGAAGUGCUGCAGAGAGACCCAGCUCAAAGACCAGGUAGUGGAUGAGAAGUCAUGUAUGCAGUUCUCCAUCCGGAGGCCCACCCUGCCGUCCGCUGAGACCCACCCAGAGGAACGUCUGUACCGCCGCCUGGACGUCACCACCUGGCUCCGACACCUCAACCACAACGGACAGGUGGAGGAGGAGUACAAGCUACGCAAGGCCAUCUUCUUUGGGGGCGUCGACCCAUCCAUCCGCGGGGAGGUGUGGCCCUUCUUACUGCACUACUACAGCUGUGACUCCUCCUCCCAGGAGAGAGAGGCCUGGAGACAGCAGAAACGCUCAGAGUACCACGACAUCCAGCAGAGGAGGUUAUCUAUGAGUCCAGAGGAGCACAGUGACUUCUGGAGGAAGGUUCAGUUCACCGUGGAUAAGGACGUGGUGAGAACAGACCGCAGCAACCACUUCUUCAGGGGAGAGAACAACCCCAAUGUGGAGAUCAUGAGGUGUGUGCUGCUGAACUACGCAGUGUUCAACCCAGAGAUGGGCUACUGCCAGGGCAUGUCUGACCUGGUGGCUCCCCUGCUGACCGAGGUGCAGGACGAGAGCGACACGUUCUGGUGCUUCGUAGGCCUGAUGGAGAACACCAUCUUCAUCAGCUCUCCCCGCGACGAGGACAUGGAGAGACAACUGAUGUACCUGAGGGAGCUGUUGCGUCUGAUGCUGCCCCGGUUCCACCAGCACCUGACCCAGCUGGGGGAGGAUGGGCUACAGCUGCUGUUCUGUCACCGCUGGAUCCUACUCUGUUUCAAACGGGAGUUCCCCGACACAGAGGCCCUGCGCAUGUGGGAGGCCUGCUGGGCACACUACCAGACGGACUACUUCCAUCUGUUCGUGUGUGUGGCCAUCAUCGUGCUGUACGGCGAUGACGUGACGGAGCAGCAGUUAGCCACUGACCAGAUGUUGCUCCACUUCAGCAACCUCUCCAUGCACAUGAACGGGGAGCUGGUGCUGCGCAAGGCCCGUAGUCUACUCUACCAGUUCCGUCUGUUACGCAGAAUCCCGUGCAGCCUCCAUGACCUGUGUAAGCUGUGCGGUCCAGGGAUGUGGGACAGUCGCUACAUCCCGGCCGUGGAGUGUUCCGGGGAGCACCCUGACUCCCAGAGCUGCCCCUAUGGAGGCACAGCCAUCCCCCAGCCCUCGGCCUCCCCGUCGCCCUCCCCCUCACCCUACCUCACCCCACUCCCCGAGGGCAAGAGAGGCUCUAAGACCAGAGACAUCUUCACGUUUCGGAAGCAGUCCUGAGGUGAAAUAGGGGGUAGGCGGGAGGGAGACAAUGGUGCUAACUGUAACUGUUGAGUAGAUCAGGAGCUGCAGUACUGCUUUUCCGCCACUAGGAUUUCCGACAUACUGUGCUUCUCUCUGACACUUCUCUCCACACUCUCCCCCGUUUCACAAUCUCCAUCUUAGUAAAGGGAUUUUCCACCUGAUCCUUUUGUCCAGUGCGACAUGGAACACUGCCUUAUAAGAAUGUAUAUUUAUUUGGAACACUACCACAGAGACUUGGCACUACGGUUCCCAUGAAGAAGAAGCUGCUCUGCUAUUGGAGGAGAUUGGAUAAUCAUCACUCUGUGUUGGACUGUAACCGUUCAGGGUCCACACUGUGGUCUAAGGUUGCUGGACUUGAUUUAAGGUGACUCCAAGGGUCAAAUACUGACUUGAGGUGUGUUGCGGUUAUUUGAACUCCAUCGAAAGGUUUUCAUGUACUCACAAUGGAAUGUUUGUGUGAAUAAUGGAAUUAUAUAUUAUCUCAGCAUAUCGCAAUCAGGCUGAGGCCUUUUAACACUACACACUUAUAAACCUCCAUCAACCAAGAGCGGCAAGCUGUCAUUUCAACUGUCAGUAAGUUGAAAUAUUGGUACUUUUCAAAUAAUAUAUUUUUUCCAUUCCCUUCAAAGAGGGAGUGUGUGUAUCUGUGGGUUUGCGAUUACAAUAUUUAGCAAUAUAGUACGGUUAUAUCCUUGCAUGAACAAUCCUUUAAGUAUAGAGGGCACAACCUGUUUAGCGAAUAACACAGAAGCCCAAAACAGAGGUAUAUAACAAACUUCCCACAACAGGUUUUCUACAAACAUCCUUAUCAGAUUCCUGUUCAGAAACCUGCUCAUGUAUUCUCACAUUAUCAGAUGACACUGCCUGUCAGGCAGAAAGAAGGUGGUAUUUCAUUUAUCUUUGAUAAGAGAGGGUAUGAAUAAAUAUGGCAUCUAUCAAAGCAAUAGGGACUGAAAAAUAAAAGUUAGACUAGAUGUAGAGGAUAUGAGUUUGUGAAAAAUAUGGGGUGAUGGUUGUGGAUAUCACAACAUUAACAGCCAAAGAGUGUACAAUUUGGUCAGUUAGCUACAUAUUGAAUACGACGCAGGAUAUUAGACAAUGUGUACGUUUUUUUACUUUAAGUUUGUUUUUGUUAAAUCAUUUCAGACAGGGCGGUUGUGUAAAAGCUCAAGUGUUGUUAUUCAUAUCUAGAAACACUUUGACCUCCACCUUGACCAAGUGAAAGAACACCACCAUUGUUGUCACUGCACUAUACAAUAUUAUAAUUCAUUUGAUUUGUACAGCACAGCUUCAAUCAAAUACAGUGAAAUAUCAAGGUUCUUCACCUGCACCAACCAAGUGAAUUUGUCCAUAUGAAUGUAUCCACUUUGUUGCUUUCUAUUCUCUUGACUGUUUAUUUCACGUGUGUUGUGUGUGUGUGUGUGUGUGUGUGUGUGUGUGUGUGUGUGUGUGAAACGGCAGUGACCUCCCAACAUCUGGUAAUGAGUUGGGGAGCAGCCCCCAAAAGGCCUCCACUGACUGAUCUCCUCAAUUACAAAACACAUCAGCACAGAGAGAAAGAAAGGGGGAGAGAGGGCGAAAGAAAACCAACCAAAGGAAUGGCAGCUCUGUACCUGACCUGGGUACAAAUACUAUUUGAAAUAAUUUAAAAUACUUUAUUUGUGCUGGAUUGAACUUGCCUGGCUGAAUAAUGGACCAAUAGAGUAUUCCCAAAAGGCAGGCAGGAAGGCAAGCGCAAACGCUUAAAAGUAUUUGAAAGAUUUUAAUUAUUUUAUUUUAAUUUAUUUCCCAAGUUCUCUGGGCCUGUUUCCUGUAAUCUGUGAGUUGUCACGGUGGCGAGGGUACCGGGGGGAGAGUUUAAGUGCCACUCCUGGGGGGAAAACAUCUUGAAAUUGCCACUAAAAGGUAACAUUAGGAUCUCCAAGCUGCUUCCCCUCUCUCUCCCGCUCAACAUGCAGUCACUGUAAAUGACAUGCAUUACUGGCCCCUGUGUCCAUUAGUCAUCUGUGGCUGCUGCUUGCUGAAAAAGCCUGGAGAAUUUAGAAGAUUGGGCCAACCACUUUAUAAAGGGCUAACCGAUGGAUGGUAACGUGGUUUGGAAAAUAAUUGGGUGGCAAGGCGGCGGGGGCUUUGUGUGUGUGUGUGUUUAUUUGCUUGCUUACUUCGAUUCUCCAUCUCUUUCCAUGGACUGCUUAACUCACAUGUUGAAACUGUUUCUGCACAUGUGAGUCACUGUAACAUGUCAUUGGGUUUAGCACUAUUUAACAAAUGAUUGUGACUGCGAGUUAUCACUGAAUGUACAGUUCUAUAAGGUUCUAUAAUAAUACACAGGCCACUGAUAAGAGGACCUACUGUGGUCCUAUGCUGUAGUGUAGCCGACACAUACAAGACUGGCUUUCACAUGCUGGAGGGCCGUGGUGAAGGCCGAAACGUUGGUGAUUUGAAAUAAAUGGCAUAAAUGGAACUUAAUUUAUUUUUCACACACUUUUCUCUCUGCAUUCUGACCUUGAACUUAAGCAUGAGGAAACGCAUGUGCCAGCCAGCUAUUCAUUUGGGGUGGAGAUCACAGAAAUUGAGGUCUGGCAGAGGU